UUCACUAUGAUGAUCACCUGAUAGCAUCUGAUGAUUAAUAAAUAUAAAUACUAAGCAGGUCAGCAACGAGCAGGAGGAGGAGGAUUUACGCGCGGGGAACAUCAUGUCUUCAUGCGGGCUCCCGCCAGCGCUCCUCGCUGCGAACAAAAGGAGGAUUUUACACAGGAACCUUCAGCCGAACGACGAGCGCAUGGAAACAAAGGCUGCUCUGAUCCGUUAGAGAUCUCUCUUCGGAGAUCUCUCUUCAGGCACUGAGUGUAUACGCUGCGUUCGCUUUGUUUUAAAACAAGGUGUUGAAUUCAUCGCGUUCGGAGCCGGAGCGUUAUAAUCUCCAUCCUCGGUUGCCUGGAGACGCGGCGGAUGCAGGACCAUGCAGGGGAGCGACAGGUCGCUGGCAGUCUGCCUCACAGCCUCAAGGCCGGCCUGUCCCUCUCUCCGUCGGGGCCGGGCCGCGUGGCCAGCGGGGGGGGCUCCUCGCCCACCGCCAAGAUGGCGUUCUGCGGCGGGGGCGGCGGAGUCCCGACGGAGGACAUGCAGGCGCUCGCCAUCAGCUCGCUGUCGGCCGCCGACGUGGCGCAGCGCUACGAGCACCUCCGCGAGCUGGGGAAGGGCACCUACGGCAAGGUGGACCUGAUGGCCCACCGCACACAAGGCACCAAGAUGGCGCUGAAGUUCGUGACGAAGAGCAAGACGAAGCUGAAGAGCUUCCUGCGGGAGUACAGCCUCACCGCCUCGCUCAGCUGCAGCCCCUUCAUCGUCACGGUGACCGACGUGCUCUUCGAGACCGAGGACUGCUACGUGUUCGGCCAGGAGUACGCCCCCGCCGGGGACCUGUUCGACAUCAUCCCCCCCCAGGUGGGUCUCCCGGAGGAGAUGGUGAAGCGAUGCAUGCAGCAGCUGGGUCUGGCGCUGGACUUCAUGCACGCCAAGGGCCUGGUGCACCGCGACGUCAAGCCCGAGAACGUGCUGCUGUUCGACCGCGAGUGCCGGCGUGUUAAGCUGGCCGACUUCGGCAUGACGCGGCGGGCGGGCUGCCGGGUGAAGCGGGUCAGCGGCACCAUCCCCUACACGGCGCCCGAGGUCUGCGCCGCCGGCCGCGCCGAGGGCUUCCUGGUCACCACGGCGCUGGACGUGUGGGCCUUCGGCGUGCUCGUCUUCUGCAUGCUCACCGGGAACUUCCCCUGGGAGGCGGCCGCGCCCGCCGACGCCUUCUACGAGGAGUUCCGGCGCUGGCAGAAGGCGGGCUGCCCCGCCGGGACCUACCCGUCCCAGUGGCGGCGCUUCACCGACGACGCCCUGCGCAUGUUCCGCCGGCUGCUGGCGGCCGAGCCGGGCGAGCGCUGCGGCGUGAAGGACGUCUUCUGCUUCAUCAAGUACGCGCUGCUGAGCGAGCUGCGGCGCCGCGCCUCCUGCCGCGGCAAGAGGGGCGAGCGGGCCGGCUCGCUGGGGGCGUGUCCCGGCGGCGGGGGGGGCGGGGCCUGCGGGCCGCCCGCCGUCUCCUCGUUCUCGUCGGCGUCGGCCUCGUCAUCUUCGUCGGCGUCCCGCUCCGGCCACAGACACCCGGAGCCGUCCCCCCCGCCCCCGGCGCCCCCCCCGGGGGGGCCCUGCCUGCGGCCGGCGCCGCUGAAGCGCACCGUGCUGUCGGACCCCCUGUCCCCCCGCGACGAGAGCCCCUCCCCCGGCCGCGACAAGAGCAAGAGCCAGCUGCUGAUGGCAACCGCCAUCGAGAUCUGCGUGUAG